AUGUCAGGGUUGGCAAUACAUGAAGAAAAAACCGUCCCAGGAACAAUAUUGCUUGACUAUGGGUGUUCGGAGUGGAGAGCAAGCAGCCAGCGCGUAGCAGACUUUUACAAUGACGGAGUCAAGCUGUGGAAAAAGGAGGACUUCACAGAUAUCGAGCAACAACUCGCACAAACUCUUACUAUAGAGAAGUUCGCAGUCCGCCGUAUCGAUGGCAGCAUUGUUUACAUCAAGAAUCCGAUGUUCGGUGUUCAGAAACCCAUCUGGACGCCCGUUGUUAUGUUUCAAGAGUACUGGCGCCUCGUGUUUAGCCAACCUAACGGCCCCCCAGAGGCAUACACUUGCACAUACCUCAUAGACUGGAAAAAUACCACGAUUCGUGACUUCGAUGGGCCAUUCGAUCGUAUUCAAACCUUGUUUGAAAACUUCCAAGCCAAAUGGAGGUCGAGCACAGUCUGCGAUGCCUUCACAUCGCAGUUUUGUAAAUUUCUGGACGGAAAUGGAAAUCCUAAGAAAAUAACAAAAAUUAUAUGUUUUGGCCUAGGGGACCUGCACGUCAAACCCUGGCAUUGGUGGAGCGAGGAGAAUAAUAGAAAGCCAGAAAAUGAACGGCGAGCGGAAACAAUUUUCAUUGAAGGCGCCUUGGUUCACCAUGCCAUGGCGUUGACGAUUGCCAAUGUCGCCAGGUCGUACGCAGAAAAUGAAAACAUUGGAAUAAAGCUCCUUACUCAAGACCCGGCUUAUACGAACGAGUCGAAGAUUUUUUUACGGGAUAUUGGCUUUGAGUUAGUAGGCGAGUAUGGAGCCGGAGGCUUUGCAGAGUUGGACGACAAAUCUAUUGUGUUCUCAGCUUUUGCCUCCGCGCCAAUUCAGCAAAUUAUUGCGGAUCUCGCUCGACCAGUCAUGGUAAUCUGCUCUAAAUCUAUAAAAGCAACGUUAAACAGGCUUGAAAAACCAUUCUCAGACCCCGAGUCUCCAAGGACCACACAAAUGUGGAAAGAAUAUGAAUCUUGGAAGUUUCCUGCUCCACUCGAGGAUGAAUUGUUAUCUGAAGGCUCAUUGCAUCAGUUUGUGAUGAGUUCUAGACUUUUGAGCCAAAUUACUAGAGACGAUAGCUUGGUACACAUGGAGCUAAAUUCGGCCCGGUCGUCACUUAGUGAUGUAUAG